GUGGGCGUGUCUUGUUGUCGCCUGUCUUCCGGGGGCGUCACGAAUCGAUCGCCUCGCGUUAAUCAGCAGAAAAUUAGAACAGCGCGUGUCCCGGAGAGAUGAGCGCUGUUUCGGGUUUCGGUAAAGCGCUGGUCAUCAUCACCGGAGCGUCGAAGGGUUUCGGCCGGGCUCUGGCUCUGUCCAUCGCGCCUCGUCUGGCAGCGGGUUCGGCUCUGAUCCUCGCGGCCCGAUCGGAUGACAAACUGCGGGAGCUGAAAGCUGAUCUGUCCCGCGGUGAGUCCGGGCUGACGGUCCGCUGUGUUGCAGCUGAUUUAGGGUGUCAAACGGGUGUAGAGAGAGUAAUUGGCGAGAUCAGAGACAUCGAUCCGGACAUCGAUCAUCUGCUGCUCUUCAAUAAUGCAGCUUCUCUCGGGGAUGUGUCGCGGUACUGUCAUGAUUUCACGGAUGUGGAUGAGGUGAACUCGUACCUGUCACUGAACGUGAGCUCUGCGCUCUGUCUGACCGCGGGAGUUCUGCGCGCGGUCCCACAGCGCACUGGCCUGACGCGCGUCAUCGUCAACAUCAGCUCGCUGUGUGCGCUCCAGCCCUUCCCGUCCUGGGUUCUGUACUGCAGCGGGAAAGCGGCCCGGGACAUGAUGUUCCGCGUGCUGGCAGAGGAAGAACCGGAUCUCAGAGUCCUGAACUACGCACCAGGGCCUCUGGACACAGACAUGCAGCUGCAGGCGAGGAGCAGCUCUGCAGACGACGCUCUGAGGAACUCGUUCAGCGUCAUGCACGCUCAGGGUCAGCUGCUCACCUGUGAUCAGUCCAUCAACAAACUCAUCAAGGUCCUGCUGGAGGACAAAUACCCCUCGGGAGCACAUCUGGACUUCUAUGAUUUAUAGAGAUUGUGCCUUAAACAACCACUCAUUCUCUAGAGUUCAUCCCAUUUGAUUAAUAAUUAAUUGAUUGAUUUGAGGGCAGACGUUAUGUAAUGUACCUUAUUUUCUUUAAUGAACCAAUGAAUCUCAUUUAUGAGCCAUUAAUGAUCUCUAAUUUCUGUCUGAUAUGUUCUAGUGUUGUCGAACUUCAAUAUUGUACUUUGAAAAAAAUAUAUUUAAGCUUCACUGAUAUUGGUGUAUUGAAACUGCUUCAAAUAUUUACAUUUAUUCAUUUAGCAGACGCUUUUAUCCAAAGAGACUUACAAUUGAGGAAUACAGCAAGCGAUUCAUCUAAAAGAGGCAAAUAAACACAGGAAGUACUCAUAAUACAAAGUUUCAUACAUUGUUCGGAUUAGUACAAGUGCUAGACGGAGGGAUUAAUGAAAGAGAAAGCAAAGGUUUUUUUUUUCCAUAAUGCUGUCAAAUUUUCAGUAUCGCUAUGUAUCAAAAAUGUGAUAUUUUGAUAAUGUUGUGUUCAUUGGAGUGAUGAGCCUGAGAGUAUAGUGUGUUGAUUUAUUUGAGGUGUUUCAUGAGGAUUUUACUUUCAAAUUACUGCCAGUCAGAUCUGCUUCUGGACCAAAAGAAAGCUCUCUGUUUGUGAUCGUUUGCCAAAUGAUUCUUCAUUAUGUGUUCAAACUCAUGAUUGUUUACUGAUAUCUUUCUAGCUGCUGCCGUUUGUCAUAAAUACAUGACAGCUACCAUGUAUAAAUGUGUCACUUACGUUAUUGAAGUCCAGACCAUGUGAUGUAUUUUAUUCUGAAAUGUUCACUGUGUCUUGAAUUGCCAGCAUUUUUUUUUUAAAUAAUAAAUAAAGAUUAUUUUCUUUAACUUGUAGUUUUUAAGAAUGUUUUUUCUAUAAUCAAAACUUAUGUUUUAUGUGUUAUCUAUUGAAUAAAAAUGUAAUAAUAAUUAUGAAUAAUAUGGCAUUGUGAGUCAUUCUUCUCUGUGGUUUUAUAUACAGAUGCAGAUUCUGUAUUCCAGUCAGUUGACCUUUACUGGUAUUGUUUGUCGUCACUGGAAUAAAUGCUGUGUUCCUGCA